AUGGAAAGCGAACUGAACUUCUCAUUUAACUUCACUAAUGUAGUGGUGUCUCGUAGGGCCCUGUCCCCAGACCUGGCCCGUGGGGCGUGGGCCCCGUGGCCCACAGACCCGCGGUGCAGGAACCUGACGGUGCACUUCACCCACGCGGUGCCCCCACGCGCCCUCGCGUCGUUCCCAGGUUCAGGCAACACGUGGGCGCGCUACCUCGUCGAGGGCGCCACGGGCAUCCACACGGGCUCCGUGUAUCUCGACGAGGAACUUUCUGUUAAAGGUUACAGAGGCGAAAAAGAGGCCUGGAACAGCGGCACCACAAUACUCCAGAAGACCCACGAGUAUCAGGACCAGACAAUAUCUCUGUUCAAAGGACGUGUGGUGCUCAUAAUACGCAACCCUUACCGCGCCAUCCUCUCCUACCACAACUUCAACGCUGGCGGCCACCGAGGGCAUGGUUCCGUUACCGAUUACAGACGCAGAGAAUGGAUCAUGUUUAUGCGGAUGCAGUUGCGUCGCUGGCUGCUGACGGCGCUGCAGUGGCUGACGAAGGGCAGCGACGUGCAGGUGCUGCACUACGAGCUGCUGCAGCACAACCUGACGGCGGCGCUGACGAGCCUCGUGACGACCUUAGGUCUUCCUGCUGACACUCACAGACUGCAGUGCCUUGAGAAGUACAACUCUGGGUCGUUCCAAAGGGAGCAGCAAUUCUUCCCUGCUGAUGUUAAAAUAUUUCCGUCGGACCUCCGUCGUUUGGUGGAUCGCGCCAUCUUGUACGUAAACAACCUUCUGAUGAAACGAAAGCUUCCGUUAAUGCCUAUUCAUCUUUAUGAGUUCUACAAUGGCAGUGUACCGCAAUCGAUAAUUCGUCACACCUGCCAGACGAAUCUUUCUCAGACUCAGUGCGACGCUCUCAUCGACGAUAUGAACAGGACGAGGGCGUUCCAACAUCCCUUCAUAUUGUCAGCCCACGAUUACCUCAACGACUUGAUCAACGGCGUGGGUCGAGACCACCUCCAGGGGAUCAAACUCUCUGCUCCGGUAGAGGAUCUUUUCACGUCGGCCCCAGAGUUUGAAGUGAACUCUCAGCUCCGGUAG